GCGGCCGCACAUACAAUCAGCUGGCCAGCUUAGAACAAAAAUUCAUAGUCAUCACAACUCGACACUAACCGCAGCAGUUUUUGAUCAAAGGGUUACCUUCGUCUAUGCUAGACUAAAUUUUUGCAAAUGCUGCACCGUCGCAGCUAUAUGCUAGUAUUAUUCUAAAUAUUCCGUCUUCUGGCAAAUUGUCAAUAUUAACAACAAAAAAAGAACCAAAAAGAACGAAAAAAAAAAAACUAAAUGAGCGGUACACUGGCAUUGCCAAAACACGCUGAAGGCGCUACAGAUGUUGUGCUAGAGGCUCAGACCAUGGACGUAGAGGUUUCGAAAAAUAACGGCUUCUUUCUAUGGCAAUGGUUAUAUAACUGGACAUCGACUUCACCAACAAUGCUGCGGGCCGUUGAGAAGAAGAUACUUUCAUAUCUGAAGCUGCCGUAUCGUGGCUUCUUUGUGGACAUUGGUCCGGCUGUGGGCGAGGCUGACAAAAUCUGGACGCUCAGCAUGAAUACGGAGUCCAAGGAGGUGCCGCUGGUACUGCUGCAUGGCCUCGGGGCGGGCGUGGCUCUGUGGGUAAUGAAUCUGGACGCCUUUGCUAAGGAUCGUCCGGUCUAUGCAAUGGAUGUGCUCGGCUUUGGCCGUAGCUCCAGGCCACAAUUUGCCAAGGAUGCGCUUGUGUGCGAGAAGCAGUUCGUCAAAUCUGUCGAGGAGUGGCGUCGCGAAAUGAACAUCAACGAUAUGAUACUGUUGGGUCACUCCAUGGGCGGUUUCAUUGCCUCCAGCUAUGCACUUAGCUAUCCGGAGCGCGUUAGGCACCUAAUACUGGCCGAUCCGUGGGGCUUUCCCGAGAAGCCCGCCGACUCGACGAACACCAAACAGAUUCCAUUGUGGGUGCGGGCAAUCGCGCGUGUCUUAACUCCCCUGAAUCCACUGUGGGCGUUGCGUGCCGCUGGUCCAUUUGGCCAGUGGGUGGUGCAGAAGACGCGACCGGAUAUAAUGCGCAAAUUCCAGAAUACGAUUGAGGAGGACAUCAAUCUGCUGCCCCAGUAUAUACACCAGUGCAAUGCACAGCGUCCGAGCGGGGAGUCGGCUUUUCACAGCAUGAUGCAAUCGUUUGGCUGGGCCAAGCAUCCCAUGAUCCAUCGCAUCAAGGAUGUGCGCAGCGAUAUACCAAUCACAUUCAUCUAUGGCUCACGUAGCUGGAUUGAUUCGUCGUCAGGCGAGAAAAUCAAAUCACAGCGCGGCGUCAAAAUGGUGGACAUCAAGAUUGUGACCGGCGCCGGACAUCAUGUGUACGCGGACAAACCGGACGUAUUCAAUCGCUACGUCAACGAGACCUGUGAUAUAUACAAAGUCAGUAGUGGAAAGCUGGCAUCGCCAUCCAUCCAGCUCAUACGGGAAUCCACGGAAUCAGAUGAAGAGCACGAAGUGCCCAUUUUGGGAACGGCAGCGGAAUCGAUGGAAAUCAACGCGGAUGCCGAUGUUGCCCAAGGCAUGACAUCAACAGCAACAACGAAUACAAGAACAACAGCGUCUGGGACGAUGCCAGUGCCCAAAAACGAGCAAUCAUCGGUUUCAGCUAUUAAUUUAGCCGAUGUGAAACGGAAAUGAGAGCAACGUUCUUGCCGGCUUAAAUUAUAAAUUUAGCUCUACUAACUUUGUGUCUAUGUUAUUUGCGUUUUUGCCUAGUAUUAAAUGUUGUCUUAUCUUA